CGGCCCCUCGCGGGCGCCAGCCAGUCGCCGCCCAGGGCUCCAAGGACCGAACCCAAGGGCAAGGCGCCCGCGGCCGGGGGUCAGGCGCCGGCGGGCGGGGGCAAGGCGUCUGCGGCCGAGGGCAAGGCGCCAGCAGCAGCAUCGGCCGCGCCCGCAGCGGCCGCGGCCAAGCCGCCACCCGCGCCCCCUCCACCAGCUCGGCAGGCGCGCCAGCAGCGCGCGGACGUGGACGAGGAGGAGGCUGGAUCAGUGGGGCAGCGCUUGCUGGUUCAGCUCGAGUCACGCGUGCGCACAUUGGAGAGCAUCGUUACCUUGUCUUUCCUCCUGAGCAAGACAGCCCCGGUGGUGAAAUCAAUGAGCCGCGCACUCGAGGAGUACAACAAGGAAGUCAAGGGCAUGGACGACCCAAGCCUGCACCACAGCCCCCACCUGGACGUGGGAGCGGCCCUCCUGGACCACCUCGCGGAGUGCGGCCGGCGCAUGAAAUUCGGCGAGUUGUGCAAGCUCGCGCUGUGCGUGCCCACGUUCACCCGGACUGGCAAGGAAGGAAAAGUCCGCCUGAUCAUCGCGUUCGACGGCAGCGUGGAGGUCUGCUACGACCCAGAAGCGGAGAUGGAGCACACCGGCAAGAUCCUGGAGGGGACGGG